AUGCCCGAGAAAACCGAUAAGCCCGCGAAGACCGGAUCAGAGGCCCCAAUGGUCUCCCAUGGCCGAGGAGGCAAGCUAAUCCCCCCAGCCCUAAAUGCGCUCGCCCCUCCAAGACCAUCAGCUAACACAAGAUUAGGUCAAGGCAACAUCGGCCACGACGCCACCGAAUACGUCGAUGGCGAGAUCGUCCGCGAAGGCCCCUACGGCGACCAAGGUGAUGGCGCUUACUCUGCCGGCGUGAGUACCUCUCACCCCACCAAACCCAAGCCUUCUACUGACGCACCCGAUUCUACCCAGCGAGGUGGCGCAGGAAACAUCGGCUCCCCAAUGGUCCGUCCCGUGUCUAGGGCUCCCCACGACGCCGAUAUGAUCCCCGAGCUCGCAGUGCGUGACUCAGUCGACGAAACAUACCACACCGGGCGUGGUGGACAGGGAAAUGUGCAUCUUGAUGCAGCUUCGCUUAAGGAGAAGAAGGAGAAGAAAGUUGCGCAUGAGGGGCUGGCUGAUAAGUUGAAGUAUAAGUUGAUGGGGCGGAAGUAG